AUGGUCUGGUGCGGUUGUCUGGAGAGAGACAGUGUGAGCGGGAGGUGGAAGUUUUCAUCCAUCAGACAGCUGGGCUGUGGCUCUGUGCUGAACUUCUCCAGCUCCUCUUCAUCCAGUCCUGAACACAGUCAUGAGUGUGUGACGGGCUUCCAGUGCUCUGGGAGUGAAGCUCACCUGGGGAACUGCAGAUCUCCACAAACUCUCAACUGCAGCUCCACACAACAGCUGUCAAUCACCUGCCUUGGUGAGAAGAACAACAUCUGGGUCGGGGGUCCAUCAGGCUGGUGGGUUCUGGGGGAGACUGUGCAGGGAGGCUGGAGGUUUUUCACAGCGGCUCAUGGGGGACAACAGCUGCAGUGUGGAGUUGCCCUCAGUAACCAGCCGGUACCAGCCUGGUUUGGUCCUGGUUCUGGACACAUAUGGCUGGAUGAGGUGGAGUGUGAGGGGAAUGAGACGUCCCUGUGGAGCUGCUCUUCUCCAGGCUGGGUAAAACAUGACUGUCAACACAAGGAAGAUGUAGGAGUCGUGUGCUCAGUUAUUUUAAUGCACAUCCCUUUCCAUCUAGAGUUUAAAGAGAUCAGGUUAACUGAGGGCUGUGAAGGGAAUGUGGAGGUUUUCUACAAUGGAUCCUGGGGUAAUGUGUGUUACAACCAGAUGGACAGAGACACAACGAGUCUGAUCUGUCAAGAGCUGAACUGUGGAAGAUCUGGCAGUGAACCCAGUAAUUCAGAGGGACUGAAGAUUCAUAACUGGCUUGAUAAUCUUAAAUGUCGACGACAUGACUCCACUUUAUGGCAGUGUCCAUCUUCACCCUGGGGAAAGAAUGACUGUGAUAAUGAAGUGGCCAAAAUCACCUGCUCAAAGCAUCAGAUUAGUGAGUCACCUCAGAGUUUUCUGACAUGUUCUACCUCACCAUCUCCAUACAAGAGACAGUGUUCAAAUCAUGUUCCUCUCAGACUGAGUGGAGGGGACGGCCGGUGCUCUGGGAGGCUGGAGGUGUAUCAUAACGCUGUGUGGGGCUCAGUCUGUGAUGAUCAGUGGGACAUCAGCGAUGCUCAGGUGGUCUGCAGGCAGCUGGGUUGUGGACCAGCACUGAGGGCUGAUGGGUAUUCAGUCUUUGGUGCUGGUGAAGGUGUUGUGUGGCUGAAUAGAGUUGAGUGCAGAGGGAAUGAGAUUCACCUGUGGGACUGUCCUCUUUCUCUGAAAAACAACACUGACUGCUUCCGCAAAGAGCACGCUGGACUCACCUGUGCAGGUCACAACAAACACUGAGGAAUAAUGUUCAAUUUUAGAUAAUUUUAUGUAUUCAUAAUUUGAAUGUAUUUGUGUCUGUUUUGCCAGAUGUGUCAGUGUCCACUACUCCUGACACAACAUCAUCAGCUUCUCCUCCAGUGCGCUCAACAUCAGUCUCUCCUCCACAAACUCUUCCACCAGUGUCUCUCCCAGUGCUUGUGAUUGUUUUGGGAGUUGUGCUCUUACUGCUCUUAGUGCCACUGCUUAUACUGAUUCAGCAGAACAGAGUGAUGA